CACACUCUGACAGGGCUGGGCUGUUCUGGCUGUGGGGCAGUUCUCUCCCCAAGCCCAAAGGUGGGUGGCACGGCACCUUGGGUGGAGAUGACGCAGAUAGACACUGAGCUCAAGGAAGCAGGACAGCCAGAGCCUGGGGAGACACAGCCCAGAGACGGACGAGCUGAUCCAGACAGCAAGGGGAUGGUCUGUCAACAAGACACAGAAAGCCAUGGCCUCAGCAGCUCCCAAAGAGAAAGCAUUAGAAGAAGCCACUUGCUCCAUCUGCCUGGAGUAUCUGACAGAGCCGGUGACCAUAGACUGUGGGCACAACUUCUGCCGAGCCUGCAUCACCCAGUACAGUGAGCACAGGGAGCCUGAAUCAGGCACAAAGGUUCCCUGUCCCCAGUGCCGAGCUCCCUUCCAGAAACAGAAACUCCGGCCCAACACGCAGCUGGCUGAUAUUGUAGAGAACGUCAAAAAACUGAGGUUACAGCCAGGGAAAGAGCAGAAGAAAAAUCUGUGUGAGAGACACCAGGAGAAGCUCCAACUCUUCUGUGAGGAGGACAGAGAAGCCAUCUGUUUGGUGUGCAGAGAGUCCCGGUCUCACCGAGCUCAUGCUGUGCUCCCCAUACAGGAGGCUGCCCUGGAUUACAAGGUGAAACUCCGGGGAGCCCUGGGACCUCUGAGGAAGCAGUUAGAGGGGUGCCUGGCAUUGGCGUCCAAAGAGGAGAAGAAAACCACAGAGUGGCAGGACAAUGUGGAGAAUCACAGACGGUUGAUCACACGUGAAUUUAAGAAACUGCACCAGUUUCUGAGUGAGGAGGAGCAGCUGCUUCUGCAGAGACUGGCGGAGGAGGAGAGGGAGAUUCUGCAGAAGCUGCAGGACAAUAUAACAAAACUCUCAGAGCAGAGUGCUGCUCUGAUCAAUCUCAUCAUGGAGAUGGAGGAGAAGUGUCAGCAACCAGCUGUUGAGCUGCUGAAGGAUAUGAAAAGCGCAUUGAUCAGGAAUGAGAAUGUGACACUCCAGCAACCAGGAGUUGUGUCUCCUGCCCUGAAGAACGUGUAUAAAGUCUGCCUUGACAUGAGGGAAAUGCUGGAGAGGUUCACUGUGGACGUGACUCUGGAUCCAGACACAGCUCAUCCCAAUCUUGUCCUGUCUGAAGAUCGGAAACGUGUGAGACAUGGAGACACACGACAGAAUCUACCAGACAAUCCUGAGAGAUUUGAUUGUUGUCACUGUGUUCUGGGCACUGAGGGGUUCACGGGCGGGAGGCGUUAUUGGGAGGUGGAGGUGGGAGACAAGACUGACUGGAUGCUGGGGGUUUGUAGAGAAUCUGUGAGCAGGAAGGGGUGGGUCAUACUCACAACUGAGGAUGGAUACUGGACCAUGUGGCUGUGGCAUGGGGAAUACAAGGUCCUCACCUCCCCCCGAACUUCCCUCCCCGUGAGCAUCAGGCCCAGCCGGGUGGGGAUUUUCCUGGACUAUGAGGCGGGCGAGGUCUCAUUUUACAAUGUGACUGACAGGUCCCAUCUCUUCACUUUCACUGGCACCUUCUCUGGGAAGCUCCGCCCUUAUUUCUGUCCUGGUCUCAAUGCUGGGGGUAAAAAUGUGGCUCCCCUGAUAAUCUGCCCGGUCCCAGCUCAGGCCAUAGGGAAUCUGUCUCUGACAGUGACAUCCAGGGCAGAGAAUGUCCCCUCCUCGUGCUGACCAGCCCCCAGGGCUGUUCCCAUGAGGUAUGUAAUGACCUUGGGAUUCUUUAAAACUCAAACUGAUGAAUGAAGCAGGAAUAAAACUUUUAAUAAUAUAAACCAGUGAGCACCUGUGGUGAGUUGCUGUGCCCAGCUACCCUGUGUUCUCCACCCUGCAUCCCGGCACCUCUCCAAAUUCCUGUCCUCAUCAUACUAACCCUUCCGAGGGAGCAGGGCCGUCCUUACCCUUAUGCAAAGUACGCAGCUGUAUAGGGCACCAGGAAACUUGGGGCACCAAAUUUGGGGGGGGGGCGGUUGUGUUGGGCCCCAGAAUAGCUAGGGACAGCCCUGUGAGGGAGCCUGGCUAAAUUUAUAAUCUUGCACAAACUGUUCUUGUGGACAGGUUUCAGAGUAGCAGCCGUGUUAGUCUGUAUCCGCAAAAAGAACAGGAGUACUUGUGGCACCUUAAAGACUAACAAAUUUAUUUUAGCAUGAGCUUUCGUGAGCUACAGCCCAGUACAAUUGUUUAUAAAACGAGUGUGAAGGACAGUCAGAGAAAUGCUCCCACCCGGCCCUGUUUGAAUGCAGCGAGCCAUGAGCUGAGGGGUUCCACAUCUCUUGGAAAGGCACUGACCUGAUUCAGCCAUAGCCCAGAACACUGCUGAGCUGGGAGGACAUGUCGAUACAUGGGACAUUGGGAGGGGGUUGGCUGGUUUAGGAGAUGAAGUUGCUGCCCCUUAUUGGACAGCGUUUCUCUGGGGAGCACUUGGCAACUCAGCCCCCAAUUCCCUACAGCCUGUCAGCGUGUGCUUGAGGCCCAUUGAACUGACCAGAGAGACAGGGCCCCACUGAGUAUUACCUGUCCAGAGUGGGGGCUGUGUGUGUGCAGGAGGGGGCAGGGGCUCGGGGGAUUCCCACGUCUGCUCAGGGCCAUUUACUGAGUUAUGCGACUCCCAGAGAAAAGCAAAGCCUGGGAGCCCAGUGAAUGUGAUGGGGCCAGUGAGUGAGGGGAAUGUCCCGGCAUUUCCUGCCCUGGGGGAGUCUCUGCCUGUGUGUUUGUUCCA